CAGUCCGUGCGAAGCGCCCAUCCAUACGACCACCUCACUCCCCCAUCUACCCUUCUUUCCAUCCCAGCUGGACUCGGUUUCGAAACCAUUCUCAACAUCUUAUUUCCUGUUCACCGCGACCCAAGAGCUGGCCUCUGAUUUCCUUUCCUCUCCUCCUCCUCGCCCUCCUCCGUAUCAUCUUCCAACCUCAGCUUGGUCAUCGCCGUCAGCUGUACCACCCUCCGCCGCCUGUCUGACGGAUUCAGCAUGUCAGAUCCUCCCUCCCAAAGAGAUAUUCAAUUCGCCGUGCGAACCAACACCUCUUCAUCGACCGCAUCCAAUCUAUCCGUAGACAAGGCUCCCUCGUUGAAGUCUCCUCGAACGGCACGCUUCGCCGAAGCCACGACUGUCAAUUCUCCCAUUGACGGACGAUCACCCUUCUCCGAGCCUCCUUCUCGAUCCUACAUGGCGCAACCACAGGUCUCAGACGUCGGCUUCGGCUACGUCAACAAGCAUGAAUCAGUCGAAAUGCCAGACACCGACUACAAUCCUCCACUCACCGCGAAAAUGCCCAUGAGUCCGUUGAAGAGUGCAAUGAGGACGCCCGGUGCCCCACCUAAGAACUUUGGCGCAGCCAUUCUGAGUCCGACAUUCAAAGAAGAGCAGAUGUUGGAGAAGCAUGAACAGCACACCGAUAAGCAACAAGCAAAGGAUUUGGCGAUCAAAACCCGCGUCCGGGUCGCCAAAUUCCUCCUUCGCGGAGUCUCCUUCUCAUGCUCCCUCAUCGUGAUCGCCAUGCUCUCCGCGACUUUCAACAUCUUCUAUGCAUCCCGCAAUCUUCCUCCACGCAACAACCUGCCGCCCUGGGCACCCAAACAGAAGAUCUGGCCGCAAGUCCUCCUCCUCUCCAUCGCCUGCGUCUCUCUGGUCUUCUGUACAGCAAUCCUCUACUCGUACUGGAAAGGCGGACACCGCAAAGCCGAAAAAGUAGCCGUGUACUUCACCGCCUUCUCCGUCGCUAUCUUCAUCGUCACCAUCGUCAUGUGGUCCAUCGGCGCCGCCGUACUGCAGACACAACGCACCAAUUCCAACAACAAAGACAUGUGGGGCUGGUCCUGCGUCAACAACGAGCGCAAAUCCUUGUUUGAGAACGAAGUCGACUACGAACUCAUCUGCCGACUACAGAACUGGUCACUCGUCUGCGCCAUUAUCGAAAUUGUCGUCGAGCUCAUCGUCAUCGUGGUCACCGCGGUCGUGUUCUACAGAUACUGGACUCGCCGCCGUCUCCGCAAGUCCAUGGCUGCCCGCGACCGCGCGAGAUCCGACCUCUACCUCGCUCAACUCCGAUCGCAAUCCGCUCCCAACACUCCCGGCUUUGGAGGCCCUCUGUCCCCUCGAGACGGCGGCUGGCGAGCUCCCACCGGAGCCGAAAUGUCCUACGCUCACGGUCCCGCACUGGAAGACAGUGGCUCUGACCACUCCGUACAGUACAUCUCUGCGACACCCAAGUCAGCCGAGUCGAAACAAGCACCAACAUUCAAACUGCAACCUCCUCCGAUCAAAAUCACUAGCGCCACACCGAAGAUGUCACAGCAAGGAUUCUCACCUGUGGUGACUGCUCCCAGGCGGGACUGCACGCCUUCACCAGAGGACGAUCAGAGGUCGCCAUUCGUGCCGGAGGUGCAGCAGGAGCAUUUCGCGCACCGAGCACCGGGUGAGAUGGUUUAUGCUGAGGUGCCUAUUCCUGGAGCGUACGAGACGCCGCAGUCGCCUGGGUUUGCGAAGCGGUAAGAUGAGGAUUUAAUCUGACCGUGGAAUGUGAUAUGAAUUGGAUAGAAUCAGGCUCAGGAGUACCUUUCAGUCGCUCACGGAGAGAAGAAGCUGGAACCUGGUG